CGUUACUCUCCUGCUAUUGGCCAAUGAAAAUUUAAAAGUACAGUUUGAAAAGUGUCCUGUCGGAGGUUUUAGUCCGCCAGAGAAGUUGUAGGAAAACGGCCUGUGCUUUCAGAGCAGCCCGUAAACGCUGAAUUAUACGAUUUAUUACGAUAUCGAAGACUUUGGAUUUAUUAUCGGAUAACCCGCAGAGGGGGAGGAAGUGACGCGCAAACCGAUAUUUGUGCGUGAUAUAACGGUGUCCGGGAGCAGCUCGGAGCCAUGUCUUCAAACGUCCAGAGCGGAGGGAAACGGGAGGAGAAGGGCAGGAACAUCCAGGUGGUGGUCAGAUGCAGGCCUUUCAACACGAUGGAGCGCAAGUCGUCCUACGGCGUCAUCGACUGCGAUCAAAACCGGAAAGAGGUGAUGGUGAGGACGGGAGGCAUGAACGACAAGGCGUCACGGAAGACCUACACGUUCGACAUGGUGUUCGGUCCGUCUGCGAAGCAGAUCGAAGUGUACCGGAGCGUCGUCUGUCCCAUCCUGGACGAGGUCAUCAUGGGAUACAACUGCACCGUGUUUGCCUACGGUCAGACGGGAACGGGAAAGACGUUCACCAUGGAGGGAGAGAGGAGCCCGGACGAGCAGUUCACCUGGGAGGAGGACCCGCUGGCCGGCAUCAUCCCUCGCACGCUGCAUCAGAUCUUUGAAAAGCUUUCCGAGAACGGCACCGAGUUCUCCGUCAAAGUCUCGCUGCUGGAGAUCUACAACGAGGAGCUGUUUGACCUCCUCAGCCCCACCGAGGACGUCAGCGAGCGGCUGCAGCUCUUCGACGACCCUCGCAACAAGCGCGGCGUGGUGGUGAAGGGUCUGGAGGAGGUGACGGUGCACAACAAAGACGAAGUCUACCAGAUCCUGGAACGCGGAGCAGCAAAGAGGAGGACCGCCUCCACGCUCAUGAACGCCUAUUCCAGUCGCUCCCACUCGGUGUUCUCCGUCACCAUCCACAUGAAGGAGAUCACUCUGGAAGGAGAGGAGCUGGUGAAGAUCGGAAAACUCAAUCUGGUCGAUCUCGCCGGCAGCGAGAACAUCGGCCGUUCUGGCGCCGUGGACAAGCGCGCUCGCGAGGCGGGAAACAUCAACCAAUCGCUGCUGACGCUGGGCCGAGUGAUCACCGCUCUGGUGGAGAAGAGGCCUCACGUCCCGUACAGGGAGUCCAAACUCACCAGAAUCCUUCAGGACUCGCUGGGAGGGCGGACCAAAACCUCCAUCAUCGCCACCGUGUCGCCGUCGUCCAGCAACCUGGAAGAGACGCUGAGCACCCUCGAGUACGCCAGCAGGGCCAAAAACAUCAUGAACAAGCCGGAGGUCAACCAGAAGCUCACCAAGCGGACACUCAUUAAGGAAUACACCGAGGAGAUCGAGCGUCUGAAACGCGACCUGGCCGCCACCCGGGACAAGCACGGAGUCUACCUGUCCUCGGAGAACUACGAGAGCAUGGUGGCUCAGAUCACCUCCCACGAGGAGCAGGUUACAGAGUACAACGACAAGAUCGCCAUCAUGGAGGAGGAGCUUAAGAAGGUCACGGAGCUGUUUGUGGACAGCAAAGCCCGACUGGAGCAGUGCACCGCGGACCUGGACGAAAAGCAGCAGAGGCUGGAGGAGACGAGCAGAGACCUGCAGGAGACGAAGGUGAAGCUGAGCGAGGAGGAGUUCAUCUGCUCCGAGCUCUCCUCCGUCCAGGAGACGCUGUACGACACGGCCGGGCAGCUGCUGAGCACGGCGGACGCCAGCACCAGCGACGUGUCGGGCCUCCACGACAAGCUGGACAGGAAGAAAAAGGUGGAGGAGCACAACAGGGAGAUCCAGCAGAGCUUCGCCCAGCGGAUGGACGGCUCCUUCAGAGACGUGCAGCGCUGCAUCCAGCAGCACGGAGACAAACAGCGCCACAUGCUGAGCAGCUACUCGCAGGCCGUCGAUGGUUUGCUCGUGAUGAACACGGCGGCGCUGAAGGGCGCUCUUACCACUGUGGAGUCCUUUGUGGGCGGAGUCAGGCCACUGGUGGCUGAGAGCGUGGCCCGCUGCGAAGAGAAGGUGCAGCAGAACGAGGCGCUAUGUCUGCAGGACAAGGAGAGCGUGCUGCAGCUGCUGGAGGAGCACCGACGGGACAUGGAGGAGGUGCUGGUGGUCCAAACUCUGAUGGGUUUAUCAGCAGCCAAAGAGCUCAACGACAGCCUGAGAGCUUCGGUGGAGAAGCAGCGAGCGCUGGCCGACAAAGCAGAGGCGAUGAAGGAGAUGGGCGUGGUGUUCGACGGCUUGGUCCGGGAGCUGGCGGCGCUGCGGGAGGCCGCCGUGCAGAGUCUGAGCGCCCUGAAGGCCGAACGCAACGAGCUGGAGGACAAGAUCAGGCAGGCGGAGGAGGAGAUCGAGCAGAAGGAUAUGAAGGAGACCAUCCAGUGCCUCCAGGACCAGCUCAACCUGCUGACUGUGAAGGUCAAGAAGAAGUUCACUGGUCUGCACUCGGCCUCCAGAGGCCUGCAGAAGCCCCUGCAGAGCCUCCAGGAGGACAUCAGCAGAGGCUGCAGCACAGUCGAGCAUCAGGUCUCGGCCCAGGCGGACCUCCUGUCCUCCUCCGCCUCCUCCCUCGUCUCCUCCCUGCGUCUGACCGCAGACGAGAGCCUGCAGUCUCUGGAGGAGAUGUCAGGCUGCUGCUCCCACAUCCACAGCUCCGUCACCGGUCUGUUGGAGCGUGACCUUGAGUGGAGCUCCAGAGUAAAGGAGCACGCUGAGAAACGAGCCGAGGAGCAGCUCACGCUGAUGAGGAAGGUUAGCUCUGAAGCUCAGGACCUGCUUCAGAGCGUGGAGGAUCGCUGCUCCGAGCAGCUCCGAGCAGCCAAGGCCGAGAUGUCCGACCAGCAGCAGGAGGUGACGCGAGCUCUGACGGCUGUCAAGGACCAGACCUCCAUCGACUGGAGCGCCCUGGAGGAGCAGCGGGCUGAGCUCCUGCAGCACGUGGAGGCGAGCGAGCAGCUGGUCCACAGCUUCCUGCGGGACCAGCUGCAGGAAGACGUUCCCACUGGUGCGACCCCUCAGCGUCGGGAGUUUGUGUAUCCCCGUCAGCUGGUGAAGUCUCGCCGCCGCAGCGAGCUGCUGGAGAGCCUGAGGAGGCAGCAGGAGGAGCUGCAGGCCGCCAUGGAGGCGGAGGAAGAGGAGGAGCUGGAGGACGAGGACAAGCAGAGCCAGACUGACCCGGACUCGCUGGAGGACGAUCUGAGCACGUGCAACGAAAGUCUGGCCACAGAGCCGUCCUUCAUCGACGAGAACCUCGUCUUCAACGAGAGCAAGCGGGUCCCUUUCUUCAAGAAGAAGAAAGGCAAGAAGGAGACAAAGAUCCCGUCCCGGUCUAAAGUGUCGGAAAAUGAAGCAGAGUCGACGCCUCAGAGAUCCAGACUGCCGCUCCGCUGUCAGAACUGAAAACUUAUUUCUUUAUUUUUAAUAACUUUAUUACCGUUUCUUCUUUUUUCUGACCUCUUUAAUCUUAAAUGUGUCCUCAUGAACUGUUUUAUUGUGGUUUGUGUCUCAACAUCUGCAAAUUGUUUAUAAAAUUAAAGAUUUAUACUUGUUUUA